AUGGGUCAUUGGUGGUGUAAAGAAUCACCUGAGGAAUCAUCUAAAUUAUCUUUAAUUACUUAUUUAGAACAUGAAUGUAUUAGCCAUUUAAGCAAAAAACUUCAAUAUUGUUCUUCAAAUCAAGAAAAAUUACAUAUUUAUAAUACAAUGGCAAUCAUCUAUGAACAAUUAGCUGAAAAAGAAGAUAAAAGCAAUCGACUAAAUAGUUUAUGUCAUUGGAAAGAUGCUCAAAGAAACUAUGAAAUGGCACAUGAAGCAGUUCCAGAAAAUCUAGACGCUAACCUUGAAUAUUGGUACUUUUGUAGUAUUGCUUAUUGUAAGAAGGUUGAUUAUAAAAAUGCCAAAGAAAAUAUUAUUGAGGCAUUGAGACUAGAUAAUAAAAACAAGGGUAUAUGUGGUGUAUUACCUGCUUUAUGGCUUAGCGAGAUAGAAUAUCAUACUCAUAAACCCAUUUCUUAUCUAUUUGAUAUGAUAGCUGGAACAUCAGCUGGAGGAUUUAUAGCUGCUGGAUUAUCAGUACCAUCCUGGAAAUCAUAUAAUACAAGAAACCAUUUAUUUUAUGAUGAUUUAAAGUAUUCAGUUUUAAACCCAAAGUUUUCAGCUUUAGAUUUAUUGAAUAUUUAUCAGAGUGAAAUAAAAAACUUUUUUACUACUGAUAGCUCAUGGAGUUUUUCCAAGUCUAAGUAUACAGAUAAAGGACGUCGUUCGUUGUUUUAUAGACAUUUUGGCAGGAUGUAUUUAAAUCAAGCACUUACUGAACUCGUUAUUCCUGCGGUAAAUAAUGAAAGCAACUUAGCACAAACGCAUUUAUUUACACGUCAUAAUGCUAUCAAAAAUAUAAAAAAUUAUACUUUUGUUGAUGCUUUAAUGGCUACGACAGCUGCGCCUACUUUUUUCCCAUCUUACAAGAUAGAAGGUAGAGGUAUUUUCUUAGAUGGCGCUUUGCAUCUCAAUAAUCCAUCAAUGGCAGCUUAUGAAAAAGCUAAUCAAUAUAAUGUAGAAAAAGAAAAGAUUUCCGUGUUUUCCUUAGGUACAAGGAGUUAUAUAUCAGAUUCUUUAGUGCUACCACAACAGGAAGAACCAAUAAGACUGGAUGAUUAUGAAAGUAUUCCCAAUCUCUUAGAGUUAGGCCAUCAGUAUAUAGAAGAGCUUGAUGCUUCAGAUGAAAAUCCUAUAAACAAGUUAGUGGAGUCUUUUGAAAUUCUCAGCACUUAA